AUGAGAAAGAAAGUCUCAACCUUGUAGGAUUAUGAAGAAUGCAAAUAGCAACUUCUCUUAGACUACCUCAGCACUUUGGAGGAAAAGGAUAAAGAGAAGCUCUUAGAAAAGUUGGAAUCCAUAAAUAUUCGAAAUCUUAUUGAUGUAAAUUGCAAUCCCCAAUUUAGGUCUAUAGUCAUUAUAAAGAAAAGCCUAAUGAAAAUCGCGAACUAAAUCCUAUCAAAAAUGUAUUGCGAGUUGCCUCUACUCCCAAAGACACUCUCCAACAGUACCAAAAAUUGGGAGAAAAAUUAAUUUCGGAAGGAAAGGGUAUGCUUACAAUUUAAUACUUAUCAAGUUUGCGUGGCAAUGAUGGCUGGCGGAUAAGGUACUCGACUGGGUUUUAAUAAAGCCAAGGGAAUGUAUGACAUUGGCUUGCCUUCUCAUAAGACUUUAUUUCAAAUAUUUUGUGAACGAAUUUUGAGUCUCUAAAACACGAUCCAAUCAAAAAUCGGAUAGUGUUUGCCUAUUCAAUUCUUUAUCAUGACUUCUGAUGUUAAUCAUGAAGAAACUACUCAGUUUUUCAUUGAAAACAAUUACUUUAAUCUUCAAUCAGAUCAAAUCACUUUUUUUCAAUAGGACUCCCUUCCCAUUUUAUCCAUAAAUGGAGAAAUCAUGUUGAGUGAUUCAACAGCAAUUCUUGAAGGACCUGAUGGUAAGAAUAUCCUUAUUAUAUUGAAAAGGAAACGGAGGAAUUUUUAGUAGUCUCUAUAAUCAGGGCUAUUUGGAUUAUAUGAAAUGUUUGGGCAUCAAAUACAUCCAUAUAUGUCCAGUGGAUAAUGCCCUUUGUAAAUUAUGUGAUCCAAUUUGGAUUGGAUAUGUAGAAUCAAAAAAUCUAACCAUUUGUAGUAAAUUUGUGAAAAAGGCCCAUGCGGAAGAAAAGGUAGGAAUUCAUGCCUUAAUCAAUGAAAAACCAUGCGUAAUAGGUGAAUAUUUAAAUUUAGAUUAGAGUACAGUGAAAUGACUUAGGAAGAUCUGCAUAAGAAGAAUUAGUAAGGAGAGCUAAUCUAUGAUGCAGGAGGUAUAGCGUAAAUGAUUUGCACAGUUGAAUUUGCACAUAAAAUAAUAGAAGAUCCUCAAACAAGUAAUAAGUUGGCUGCAAAGUAAUUAAAUUAGCAAUAAAUUAGUUAUCAUGUUGCCUAAAAAAAAUAUGAUUAUUAUGACAUCAAUUAGAAAUAGAUAGUUAAACCUGAUUAAACAAAUGCGUUGAAAUUUGAACUGUUUUUUUUUGAUUGCUUUCCCCUUUGUCCAAAGGAGUAAUUUGGGUUGAUUGAAGUAAAAAGAGAAGAUGAAUUUGCUCCUGUCAAAAAUGCUCCUGGAGACAAGAGUGAUACACCAGAAACUGCUAAAAAAUUGUAUUUGGAUAGAGAUUAAAAAUGGUUAAAACAUUAUGGCUUAUAAUUCCAGUAACAAGUUGAAAUUUCUGCUAAGAUCACCUAUUUUGGUGAAGGCCUUGAGAACAUCUUACCAAAAUAUUUAGGUAAUAAAUAAAAUCCAUUAAUUAUAACAAAUGAUAGAUAAUCAGCACCAAAAUCUCCAUAAUUAGUUAAAUAGCCAUAACCAAAAUAAUAACCAUUACAAUAACCAUAGUAAUAAUAAUAAUAAUAAUAAUAACCUAAAUAACCAUAAAAAUAAAUAUAAUAAACAGCAGUUCCAAAUUAAUAAAUUUAUCCAUAAGUUAUAUAUUCUUCAUUAAUCAAUUCAGCUCAUCCAACUGUAUUACAACCAAACUACUACCCAUAUCAAUCAACACCUUAAAACUCUAAGAAUAUUUUAGUUUAAGAAAAUCCCAUCCACUAAAGUUAAGUUUUGAAUCCUAGAUACUCUAUUCAACACCAAACACAAUCAUAAUAAUAAUUAAGAUAAAUAAAAGCUAAUGCAUUUCCUACUUAAGGUAUGGCAGUUGCUACUCCAAAAUUAAUUAAUCCUUAAACUAGGUAUUAACCAAUAAUGUACUCUUAAAAUUUACUGAAUUAAAAAUAAAGCAUUGUCCAACCAGUUCAGAUUAAUUCAUCUUUGUCUCCUUAGAGAGUAACAUCAUAUUUCAAAUAAAGAGCUGUGACUGUACAAAGGCCGACAAUGUUUGGCUAAUAACGUCCCCUAAUAAUAUCAGCUCAGCAAUACGUACCAAUAGCAACAAUAAAAAAAUGA